UCCUGCCCGCCCCUCCGUCUCCGCCCGGACUGCGCCUCUCGCCAUGUCCGCUCUGGAGAAGCAGCUGCAGCUGGGCCGCCUCCCGCCCCGCCCGCCGGGCCCCGCGGGGGUCAGCGGCCAGGCCUUGCCCAAGAUGCGCAUGGGGCCUGGGCGGAAGCGUGACUAUUCUCCUGUCCCCUGGAGCCAGUACUUCGAGUCAAUGGAAGACGUGGUGGUGGAGAGCGAGUCCGGCAAGGAUACUUUUCGAAUUUACAAGAGUGGAUCUGAAGGCCCCGUCCUGCUCCUACUACACGGUGGAGGCCAUUCUGCUCUUUCCUGGGCUGUGUUCACUUCCGCCAUCAUAAACCGGAUUCAGUGCAGGAUCGUGGCUCUGGACCUGAGGGGACACGGCGAGACGAAAGUUAGGAAUCCGGAAGACCUGUCUGCAGAAACCAUGUCCAAGGAUAUCGGGAAUGUGGUAGAAGCGAUGUACGGAGACCUCUCUCCCCCCAUCAUGCUGAUCGGACACAGCAUGGGAGGCGCCAUUGCUGUGCACACGGCAGCAUCCAAUGCGGUGCCCAGUUUGUUGGGCUUGUGUAUGAUCGAUGUAGUGGAAGGUACCGCCAUGGACGCCCUGAACAGCAUGCAGAAUUUCCUUCGGAGUCGCCCCAAGACGUUUAAGUCUCUCGAGAAUGCCAUCGAGUGGAGUGUGAAAAGUGGACAGAUACGAAAUCUGGAAUCUGCCCGAGUUUCAAUGGUUGGCCAAGUCAAAGAGUGUGAAAGCGAUGCGAGCCCGGGAGGCCCCAAAGCCAUAGUGGAGGGGAUUAUAGAAGAGGAGGAGGAGGAGGAAGAUGAAAAUGAUGAGGGAGAAUCUGUGAACAAAAGGAAGAAAGACGACGACGCGGAGACCAAGAAAGAGCCAGUAUACACGUGGCGGAUCGAGCUGGCCAGGACGGAGAAGUACUGGGAUGGCUGGUUCCGGGGCCUCUCCAACCUCUUUCUCAACUGCCCUGUUCCCAAGCUGCUACUCCUGGCUGGUGUUGACCGGCUGGAUAAAGAUCUAACCAUUGGCCAAAUGCAAGGAAAAUUCCAGAUGCAGGUCCUUCCUCAGUGCGGCCACGCGGUUCACGAAGACGCUCCUGACAAAGUUGCAGAGGCAGUUGCCACCUUCUUGAUCCGUCACAGGUUUACAGAACCCAUCGGUGGAUUCCAGUGUGUCUUUCCCGCUUGUUAAUAUCCCGACAUCCUCCGGCACCAGCUCCCGUUGUAAAUAAAACUGCACCAGAGGCCACUGUGGCGUAUUCUGUAUCCUUCUCAUCUCCCCAGUUUGGCAACAACUCAUUGGCUCACGACUCCACCCCAAGAAUUUGGUCAGCGGCUAGGUCUCCCCUUUCUCCUCGUUGUCCACAGGCAGCUCCCCCUUGAAACAGUCAGGUUCCAUCUGUUACUUGGCCGGGGAACUCUCUUCCCUCAGUCCAAGGAAGCCAUCUUGGAAUUUUGCGGUCGAUCUUUGUGAAUUCACCGAUGUCCACCAGUCACUGUGUUGAGUCCCUCCAGAACUGUCUUCACACCCAUAUCUGAAAAUGCUGUGGCUUGGAAGAUCAUAUCCAAGGUCCCCUUCCUCCACUGUCUCUCAUGUUCUUACCCAGUAGGGGUGAUGCUGCCAUCUUGGAGAACCUGACGUCUGCCCGGUCAAUGGUUUUUCCAAGCCUUUAGGUAUUUGGAAGUUCAGCUUAGACAACUUUUCUCCUAUAGGUAGUAGGCGAAUGCAUUUGCGCAGAUCUACUGUACUGUGUGAUUCAUUGCAUGGAACACAUCUCACCAGCUUGCAUGUUGUGCCCUGCAGGGUGCGGGUCAAUCCCCCAGUUUCAGUAGUACCAGUCAGCCAAAACUGGUACACAUAGUCCCCAUUUGGGCUUACCCCUAGCUGAUGGGGUAAGUUGGACUUGGUGAUUGUUUGAGAACAUCUCCAUUAGGGGAUGCCAGAGAAGUACACCAGGUUGAGCAUAAAAUCCAAGGGGUGGGAUUUUGCAGCCAAAGAUUCAAGAGCCUUCCAGGUGUACUGUGUUUUUUUUCAAACCUUCCUUAGGCUGUGGAAUUUAGUUCUUCCCACUUAAACCGCAUGGAACUGGUAGGAAGGAAGACCUUGGAGAGGGGGGUGGAGUCGCAUUGAGGGUGGGGGGCCAAGGAAGACAGCAGGCCUUGGAUCUUCCUUGUGCUUCAGGGCCCCAGAUCAGCAGCGAGGCACUCUCAGCCGAAUCUUUCCUUCCUGCAUCGUGGAAAAACCUUAAAAGCAAGCCCUGCUUUAAGUGUCUGUUCUCCAGUUUAGCAGUUCUUGUGGGAAACACUGAUAAACUGGGAGAUGCCUUUUCCUUUUGGACUCUUUCCCUCUAACCACCACUCACACACACUUGGAACACACCUUGAGCCAUUUGCAAUAACCAGAUGCCAAAAAAAAAAAAGGAAUUCAUUCAGUGUCAAGUUGGAAACUGUGACUUGCAAUAGAGGCUGCUAAGAGAACCUAGACAGCUCCGGGCUGGCUCGGAUCUUUCUCCUGAAUUUUGGUGGCGGCGUAAAUAUCCUCUGAGGAGACCCUUAAAGAGUAGAGUCAGCAAGUUCGGGCCAUGCAAGCUCCGUCGCACGGCCUCCUGUUUGUCCCAGCAGAGGUUGUACAAGAGAGCUUCCCGAUGUCCACGAAGUGAGCAGCUUUUGCCAUAUGGAGAUGGAGUGGAUCACCGGAUCUACCCAGGCUUAGGAAAGCUGCUGCUAUCUGACAAGGCCCACAAGCUGAACCAGGCUUUCCUGUCCUCCUCGUAGCUGAGUCCCUGAAAUUUUAGUUGGGGGAGGCCAGCAGGGGACCCUUAUAAACCAGCAUAGGGGGCAAACUGGGUGUCUGCAGCAGGUGGGGCAGUCAGGAUGCGCGGACACACUCCCUGGAUGGAAGUUCCCUGCUGUUGUCAGACACAGACUGUAGGAUACAAGCCGCUACCUUUCUCACAGUCUGAGCGGUUCGGGAUAUUUCCUAUAGUCAAGUACGCAGAGGUCUGAGAAUCCGUGCAGAGUUUUGCAUUGAAGGUUUCUACGCGAGCGAAUGCAUUCAAGCCUUUACUGCAUCCAUCAUCUCCCGGGUGGGUGGCCAAGCGUCGUCCGUCGGCUCUGCGUGAUCCCCGAGAGCCGGGUAUCUUUUCUGUGCCAUUCCAGCUUGGAAGCCCCCUGCUUUCCCAUCAUGCUGGUGGUGAGAGGGAAGCCAGUGCCUAGGGUCUCCAUUGGCCUUCACAUCCCAGAAGAUGCUGCUUUGACCUCGUGCUGGAACGCUGGACGUGGUGUAAAUCAGGAUCGGGGAGUGGGGUGCAUCUUUCAGCAAGAUGCUUCCCCCCCCCCCUUAUUAGCUGUGGCUUCUGGUGGCAGCAGCAAGAUCCGGAGCGAGGGCAGCAGGGAGGGACUUUCUUGUCCUCUUCGCAUCACCUUGCCCCGGGGCAGCUCAAUCCCUGCUCUAGUCAGAACAGUGGAAGGGGAACUGGGACAGCAUCUUCCUCCUCACAGGUCUUGAGAAUGCUUAGGAGUUUGGUGCGCUUCUUUGUGCAACCGAGUUCUGUUUUGCUGCCUUGGACCAAGCCCUCUUUGUGGGGGGGGGGCAGGGGGAGGGAGAGGGAGGAACAUAUGACUGCAAAUUUUGUUGCUAAUGAUUUUUUAAAACUAGGUUCAGUUCCCCUUUCGACCGCAGGAGUUUCCCUUUUUCCUCCCCUUGAUGUGUGUAUGUAUAUAUGUAGUGAUGCCCUUUUACGUUCUGCACCCCACCCAUCCACCCUCGGCCGCCUUUGGGAGUUGGUGCCCCAGGGACAAUCCAUCAUUCACACAGCACAAGCCAACAGUCCCUCCCUCCCCUGUGUUGAGCUCCUGGGUGGGGGGCCUUUGCCGCUUUGCGGGGCUGCACACGUUGCCUCCGUUUCCUGCUGAGCCCGACUUCGGCCUAAUGCCCCCCUCGCCUGCCACCCUCGCAGGGAGCCGUGCCUCAGACUGGUUCCUUCAAGAGCAGAUUCCCUGUUACUCUAAACCCCUUAAGGGAUUUCACAUGUUCAGUUUUCUGUUUUCACUUAUUGUACUGUUGGCUUCUGGGGAGGGGGGGGAUUUUUUUUUGUUACCCACUGCUAACGACGACCCUUGUUUUAUGAAAAUAAAUAUUUCGCUACCUGC